CCCUCUGCUGUGCAUUCCGGCGGAGCGCACAGGAACACACCGGCCGCAGCUCAGUCCCGGCCCGAAAGACUUGUUGUCUAAACUCAAAAGUGAAGACGGGAGGAAAAAGUUGCUCCGCGCGUGUUUUCUACAGUUUUUCCUGUUUGUUGUGUUGUUGUUACGUCGCUCCGGUUGUGGAAUGGUUUACGUUUCUUCAGAGAGCUGUCUGAACUGUGAGAGAAGGUGGUUUAUGUCCGCUUUUUAAGGUACUAGCCUUAAUUUAUCCCAGCACUGUAACUGCAGACUGUUGGUGCACAAUGGUGAUCAUGUCAGAGAACAGCCGGGGGGCUCAGUCCAGUCCUGCCCAGGGAAGGCCACUGCAGGUCGGCUUCUAUGAGAUCAUCCGCACCUUGGGGAAAGGAAACUUUGCAGUGGUGAAACUGGCCAGACAUAAAGUCACCAAAACACAGGUGGCCAUAAAGAUCAUUGAUAAGACCAGGCUGAAUCCCUCCAACCUCGAGAAAAUUUACAGAGAAGUGCAGAUUAUGAAGCUGCUAAACCACCCUCAUAUCAUCAAACUGUACCAGGUCAUGGAGACCAAAGACAUGCUGUACAUUGUGACAGAGUAUGCAAAGAAUGGAGAGAUGUUUGACCACCUGACCUCAAAUGGCCGUAUGAGCGAAGAUGAGGCACGUAAGAAGUUCUGGCAGAUUCUUACGGCAGUGGACUACUGUCAUCGACACCACAUCGUUCACCGUGACCUAAAAACCGAGAACCUGUUGCUGGAUGCCAACAUGAAUAUCAAGCUGGCUGACUUUGGAUUUGGCAACUUCUACAAUGCAGGGGAGCCUCUGUCUACAUGGUGUGGCAGCCCGCCUUAUGCUGCCCCUGAAGUGUUUGAAGGGAAGGAGUACGAGGGGCCUCAGCUGGACAUUUGGAGCCUCGGUGUGGUACUUUAUGUUCUCGUCUGCGGCUCUCUUCCGUUUGACGGACCCAGCCUUCCAGUUCUCAGACAGAGAGUCACAGAGGGGCGAUUCAGAAUCCCUUUCUUCAUGUCCCAAGACUGUGAAAACCUGAUCCGUAAGAUGCUGGUGGUGGACCCGGCCAAGAGGAUUACCAUGGCCCAGAUCAAGCAGCACCGCUGGAUGCUGGCAGAUCCAACAGCCGCCCACCAGACCCUCAGCCAUUCCCUCACAGAGUACAACUCAAACCUGGGCGACUACAGUGAACCUGUCCUGGGCAUCAUGAACACACUGGGCAUCGACCGCCAGAGGACUAUCGAGUCUCUGCAGAGCAGCAGCUACAAUCACUUCUCUGCUAUUUACUAUCUUCUGCUGGAGAGAGUCAGAGAGCAUCGCAAUCAGCAGCUGAGCCGCCAGUGUGGAACCUGGAGCCAGAGACCCAGGAGCACCUCCGACUCCACCGGCCCAGAGGUGAUUAUGGAGUCCACCGACAGCUUUAGAACUACAGCAUUUUCAAUUCCAGCCAAAAAUACUCCUCCUGUGUACCCGGAGAUGGAGUGUGAUCAAGGUGGAUUGUUCCAGCGUGUGGUGUUUCCAGUGGAGGCCAGCCUGAACAGAUUGCUCUGGAAUCGCUCCAUUUCACCCAACAGCCUCCUGGAGACAAGCAUCAGUGAAGAGGUGCGACCCAGAGACCUGGAGGAGGAGGAGGCAACGCAAACUCUCAGGCCCCUACUCCCUCCCACCACCACAUCCCGCAGACACACUCUGGCUGAGGUGUCCGCCCGUUUGCACCAGUGCAACCCUCCAUGUAUUGUGGUCAGUCCCUCUGAUGGUGCCUCCUCUGACAGCUGUCUGAAGUCCUCUUCCAGUCCUGCACCUUCUUUGCAGGCUGUGGGUGAGAUGUCAACGCUUCUGGCCUCUGGGGCUGAAGGUGGAGCUCUGCUGCCGACUGGAGCUCCUCUGGCCCUCUCUUCUCACCUCCUUCCUCAGGCCCAGGGAAGCCUGCCCUCUGCAAGCUUCCAAGAGGGUCGCAGAGCCUCUGACACCUCCCUCACACAAGGCCUCAAAGCUUUCCGACAGCAGUUGAGGAAAAGCACACGCACUAAAGGGCUUCUGGGAUUAAACAAGAUCAAGGGUCUGACGAGGCAGGUUGUCCCUCCGCCUUCCUGUAACCGUGGCAGCCGAGGGUCACUUGGUCCAGCCCUGUCUGAGCACCGCAGCAUGCUGGAGGAGGUGCUGCACCAGCAAAGGAUGCUGCAGAUCCAGCAUCAGCUGCAGCCUCAGGUCCAGGCAUCUCAGACAGGACCUACCCAGAAUCCCUUGCUCUUUCUGACCCAGCAGCAAUCAUCCUCUCCUCCACCCACUACCGUAUUUGCUUCCUCCUCCAUGUUUGACACGCCCACCCCCUCCGCCCUGCCUCCUCAGCAAGCUUCAGUGGGUCUACAGCACGGUCCCUGGCAACAAAUCCCCGAGUCCUCCUCCUCUGGCUGCUCCUCCUCCUCCUCCUCCUGCUACUCCUCUUCAUUGUCCCCCGUGGCCUCUGCUGCUUACCUUCUCGAGGCUCAUCUGCACAUCAGCCAACAACCCCAACCUCACCCCCACACUGGCCUCCAGCCCCAGUCUGCAACACAAGGCACCUUCCCCAUCCUGUCCAGACCAGCAGUGUGGAGCUUGGGCGCGGCGUCCAGCACAGAUCCUGACAUGCAGGAGUUGGGUCUGGCUGGGCAGCAGCAGAUUAGUAGCUGUGUUAUGGUGAAGUAAAACAUCAGCCAUGUUCAAGAGCAACAAUUGCUCUCUCUCGGUGGAGGAUGCUCGGAGCAAAAACGACUUGAUUUUGAGCCCAGAAAAAAAAAAGAGAGCAGAAGUGAGGAGAAAGAACAAAAAGCAGAUGCAAGCGACAAACUUACACUUUAUUUAACAACAUGGGGUAUACAUGUUGUACACACGUGUGUAUGUUGUGUGUAUGCGUUUGAUAUUAUAUAAGCUAAAGACUAAGCAAUAACCAAACUCUGGAUGAGGUGUUAAAUCCUCAUCGGACAGACAGAGAAGCAAUAAUAGACUGAAAGACUCUCAUUCACCUCCCUGAUGGACUCACUUGAAUGAAAUGAGAGCUAACAUUAGCCGAUACAAUACGUCUCACAUGUUUUCCUGAAAACAGACAGGCUCCAUCUUCCUUAUUCUUUUUUUUAGUCAUCUUUUGUGUCAUUUCCUGUUCUUGAUGUUUUCCACUUGACUGGACAGAAGACCAAAAUUCUUUCUUUCUCUUUUUUUUUCAUUUUUCCCACUUCGUUCAUCUUUCUAAAGAGACAUUUCUCUGUAGCAGUGCAACAAACAUGCAGUAUAGUGCCCUAAGCUUACAAACGUCCACUGAAGAAGUCGAUUAUCGUUUGUAUUGAAACUGUGAUUUGUUUUUCCCGUGCUGUGCUGCUGGUUUGUUUUGUUUUUUUGCAGUUUUUUUUUUUUUUUUUUUUUUUUAGAUUACUAUAGCUACGCAAAUGCUGCUUUUACCUCAAGCUGCAAAAAGACUGCUACAUCCUCAUCAUCCAAAACUGAAAGAAGAGAGUGUCUCGCUGAUUGAGUAAAGCACAACAGGUACAUCAGUCAGCCUGGUAGCACCUUACAUGUGUGGAUACAUCGAUCUGUAUUCCCUUCAUUUGAUAAGCACCUUCUUGUUAGAUGCUUUUACUACCUCCUUAGGCAAGGAUUUGGAAACAGAAAAACAAGAAUAUUAGAGGAAUGACACUUUUAGCAUGGACAGAACAAAGAAGUGGGAACAGUGCAAUAUUUCACAUUGAAAUACAAAGGACAGACAAGGCUAGGAUGGUUAAACUGUACAUGCAUAUUUGCCUGAGGCUUUUUUGUUCUUACUUUUAACUUUUCUGUUUGACCUUGCUGUGCUGGCUAGCUGACUAGUAAGGGUACUAGUUAUGUAACAUAAUAACAUGAUACUGUAGAAACUGAGUGGAAAGACUGAAGGCAUUUCAAAAUGCUGUUCCUGCACACAGCAUUCUUGUAGAUCUUUAACCGAAAGGAAAAAUUUGGGUUUUACCAAAGAGUGAACAGCACAGGAGAUGGGUGAUCUAUCACAGAUACACUACUGAAACCUUUCACUUUGAAUGCUGUCUCAAAAUGUAGCAUGGUGGUUAGCUAGCAUAUUCACAUGAACUCCUUAGCUUUUGCUGUGAGAAAAAAAACUCUCGCUGCCACCAAACUUUAAAGCUACACAUGUUUAAAAUCUCUAGCUGUUACUAUCAGGAGGACCAUGGUGGUAUUCAUUUUUGUACUUUUCUAGAAAAGAAGAAGGAAAAAAAAUCAGAACAUAGCAAUACCAUAUUGUGCUGGAAGUUGAACCUUCUUCAGUUGUUGUAUCAAGUGGCUAGAAAUAGGUAGAAAUUACCUGCAACAAGCUGAUUUAUUUGUGCAGACGACAUAUUAGAAAACUGUAAGAGAUGUGUAAUGUUGGAGGUUUAGUUAGUUCUCUCAUAUCUGUGAAACAUCUUGUAGAGGAUCAGUGUUUUUCCAAACCUGGUUAUACGUUGGAAACAUGCAGUAUUGAUAUUUUUACCCGACAAUUUUUAGUUGAUUGCACUCAUUACCAACACUUGUGCCUUUCUUUGAACAAACCCGCAGUCAGAGGUCUCCAUCUCUGAUCACUACAGUGAAGUAAUUAAAAUGGGUGGCUCUGUUAUUGGUUGUUCACUCCGAAGCCCCUUUUGAUAGCUUCUUCGACCUUUGAGCUUGCUGUGUAAACAGAAGCAACAGUUGCACUUUAUUCAUAUUUCUUAUUACCUUUUUUUUGUUUCUCAUGAUGAAAAAAAUUCACAAAACUAUUGAAACACUAAGUAUCUAGAUGCAAAUCUCUAAAAUGACCCUUUUGAUAAACUUUGGAUAAUAAGAAGUAUUUCAUGUUUUUUUUUUCAUUGUUAUCCUUUAUUUGUUACUGUAUGAGCUUUGUCAUGUCUGUGUGUGUCUGUGUGGAUGUGUGAGUGUAUGGAGAGGAGGAACAGAAAGAGAAAGGAGAGAGAAUGCUAGUUCAAGAAAGAUUGUUUAUUUAUGUGGCUAUUUAUUUAAAUAAAGU